AUGGCGGCGAAAUGGUUAAGGAAUGUACCCAGCCAAUGGUACAAUGUUGGAAAUAACGAAUACUAUGGCAGAGGACACGGGACUAGAAUAAAAUCUAUUCGUGACUCAUUUCAUUUGGAAAUGGUAGCUGCAGCAAGGCGGGCUGAAAUAGCUACUGAUGAAGCUCGCCAACUUAGUUCUGAUGCUACUAGGGAACGACAUCUUAUCGAGAAUGAACUUCAUGAAAAAACAGAUAAAAUAGAGCAAUUGGAGCUUAAAUAUUGCAUUGCUUUGUAUACUAUAGUUAUAUAA